AGUCAUAUGUUCGUCAAUUCGGCUUGCGAUUAUGAAAUGUAUUGAUUUCAAAAAAAAUCAAAAUCUAAAUAAAAUAUGGCUUUGUCGUUCCUACGCAGUAAUGUAAUCGCUAGACAAGUGAGAAGGCAAUUUUAUCAAAAUAAACGUAGUGCUGGAUACGUUGUUUUAAUCCCAGAAAUUGGUGAAGAUGCAGAGAAAAAUAUCCUUCUAUCAGACAAUGGGCUUCCUGAGUUCACUGACAUCACCAUAGAGAAGUGCAUCGCUGCAAUCAGCAAGCAGAGCUUAGAUUACGAAAAUGGCGUCAAACAAAUUGAACAAACGUCACAAAACUGCAAAAAUGCAUUCACGGAAAUAUUCAUUCCGUUGGAGAAAUUCGACAGCCAAUUGGAAUUGACGUGGGGAAUGGCCAAAGCCCUUUACUUGGGGAACAGUUCUCUUAUGCCCACAAAGUCUUACAUCCAAAUCCAUGACCGAGCACACAAAGCACGAUGCGCCAAAUUCAACAGUCAUCACAUUUUCCAAUCGGCUGUUGAUGAGAAAAAUCGUUUGAAGAAACUAACUGAUGAAGAACAAAGACUUCUAGAUAAAUACAUUUUGGAAGGCAAACUCAAUGGUCUGGACGUCAAGGGUGUCAAACGUGAAAGGCUAAACAAUGUAUUAGGUUUUUUGAGGACUGAAAGACAAACAUUCAGAGAAAAAGUUAAUACUGCUAAUAAAUUGUUUACAUCUACAGUAGUUGAUGAAUCAAUACUUAAAGAAUGUCCUGAGAGCCUGGUUAAAUCUAUGGCUGGGCACAAUGACCCAAGCAGGGGGCCAUGGAAGGUUACCUUGGAACCACAUAUUUAUGAGCCAUUCAUGCAGUACUGCCCAGACAGGAGGCUGAGGUGGAAUAUGUGGCAAGCUACAACCCAAAGAUGUUCAAAUUAUGUCAACAAAGAAAUUGAAACCACCUCCAAUAUGGAACAAAUACGCAGUUUUAGACAUGAACAGGCACAAAUUCUGGGCUUUGAUUCCUUUGCCGAAAUGAGUAUGGAAACAAAGAUGGCCGGCUCAGUUGAAAAUAUAUACAAGACAUUUGAUAGUUUUCUUGAAACAGCAUAUCCAAUGCAAGAAGUGGAAAUCGAAAUGCUACAAAGGUUUGCUCAAGAACGUGGUUUUGAUGAUAAACUCGAGCAUUGGGACAUCCCCUAUUGGCAAAGAAAACAGAAAUGGUCACUUUACAACUUUGACGAAAACAAAAUACGGGAGUUCUUCCCACUCCCGAGAGUCAUUCAUAGUCUAUUCAACCUGUGCAGCACUUUGUUCAAAAUUAAGAUCAUUGAACGCACGGAAGUCGACACGUGGCACAAGGAUGUUAAGUUUUAUGAUGUUUACGAUGAAUCCAGCAAUAAACCUAUAGCCGGAUUCUACUUGGAUCCAUACGCGCGUCAAAACCUGAAGAUUCGCGUUUACGAUGACGCGGGGUGGCACAUCGCUGUACGAAACAAGUGCACGUCUACUCAAACCACUCCCCUCUCCGCCUUAAUAUUCAAUUUCCAAGCACCAGUUGACGGAAAACCUUCCCAACUGACGUUCAAAGAAGUUGGAGUUUUAUUCAAACGGUUUGGGCACUCAUUGCGUCAUCUGCUAACUAAAGCCAACUUUUCAGAGGUAGCUGGCCUAUCAAACGUCGAAUGGGACGCCGCCGAGGUCUGUGGUCACGUGAUGGUCCACUGGUUAUACGAUCCUCACACAAUUCGUGCGAUUAGUGGGCAUUAUAAAACUGAUGAGCCUUUACCAGACGACAUCAUCAAAAACCUUCAAAACGUGCGCAGACACAUGGCAGCGUACGACUUAUGUCACCAAUUGUACUUAUCUCGCCUCGACUUGGAACUUCACUCCAAGAAAACCUUCUGGCGUGAUGUUGUUAAGGAACUAUGGCCAAAGUACAAAAUCUUGCGGCUGGAUAAAUACGAUUCGCAUCCUUUGUCUUUCACUGAAAUCAUGUCGGAAGAGUGGGGGGCGGCUUAUUACUGUCAUUUGUGGUCAAAAAUGAUCGCGGCAGACAUUUACAGUGCAUUUGAAGAGGCUAAACAGGGGGAUCAAGAUGUGUUAGCCAUUGGGAAGAGAUAUAGGGAUACGUACUUAGCGUACGGAGGUAGUUGCCAUCCUAGCGAGGUCUUCAGAAGGUUCCGAGGUAGGGACCCGUCGCCCCACGCGUUGUUAAACAAUUUAGGUUUAUCAAAGAAGAUGAUAGAGGAAUAAAACGAUGUUAUUUUAGUUAUGUAUUGUAAUUUAAAUAUGAAUUAUAAUAUUUUAUUUCUUUCACA